UUUCGUGUUUGUCAAUAGAAAAUUAAGAAAGACAAUGGAAGAAUCAUUAGAUUUUUUGAGAAAAUUGCACAAGACCUGUCGGAUUUGUUUCGAAGAAUCAGAUAAUUUGUCACCAAUUUUUGAAAAUAAUAACGAGACUCCUAAAUAUCCAGGCUUAGUAAAAAAAAUACGGGAAUGUUGUGACGUUGAGUUGAGUGAAGGUAUAAGUGAACUGAGUAUUCCAUCUUUUAUUUGCGAUAACUGCAUUGAGAAUGCAAAGAUAUCUUAUAAAUUUCGUCUGCAAUGUCGACAUUCAGAGACGACAUUGCAGCUGUAUCAUGAGGAAUUAAUUCAAAGUAACCUUGAGAUUUUACAAGAACAAGAAUCUUCUGAGAUAAGUGACGUACUGAGUCACUUAUCAACUCAAGAUUCAUCAACCUCGAAUGAGACUGAUGUCGAAUAUGAAAAUGAAGAUGAUAAUAGUGAUGAUGAUCGAGGGAAAAAAGUUACAAAGCUGACUAAUGGAGAGACAGAAAAUGGGGAUUUAAUUGUUGAGCAAUUAUUAGAAAAAUUAAUACAACCCAGCGUUUAAAUUUCAUAUAUUAUUAGUUUUUUUUUACUGUUUAAAAUACUGACAGUAGUAAUUUUCAAUUAUUAUCAUGGUAAAUUAAAAAAUAAUUAAAUUGUCUUGAUUAUUUUUUAAUGACUCUAAUUGAUAAUUAUAAUUAUUCAAACUAAUGAUCAUUUAUUAACUUCAGAAUUAAUCUCUUAUAAUUAUUUACUUAUUUUUUUUAAGUAGAACAUGAAUUGGACCAUGAAAAAUCAUUGGAUUUAUAAAUUAAUAAUCAUUGUCAUACUUUAUACAUAUCAUUGUUUUUUUGUAUUUAUAUUUUUCAAUUUAUGAUUUAUUAUAAAUAUAUACUGAUAAUUAAUAUAUAUCAUAGUACAAAAAUUUCUUAAUGUAUGAGUGUGAAUGUAGCUGACAGUUGGCAAUUUUUUAUGAUCCUGAAGUUGGCAGACAAUUAAAAAACCUGAUUUUUUUUUUCAACAAAUAAAUUGCAAAAAAAUAAUAUGUAUAUAAAUAUGAACAUGUAGACAAUUAAAAAAACUAUA